AUGUUCCCCCUCAUGAAGGUGGCCGUAAAGCAAGUUAAUCUCCAGCAGCAGGGCUGCGAGGAUGUGUUGAAGGAAAUCCUGGUCAUGAAGGAAUAUAAGAACCCAAAUAUUGUCACCUACCUAGAAAGCUACCUUGUCAGUGAGGAUGUCCUGGUGGUGUUGGAGUAUAUGGAUGGAGGCUCCUUAGCUGAUGUGGUCAGCAUGAAAAGGAUGGCUGUAGGACACAUAGCAACAGUGUGUCGGGAGUGCCUGCAAGGCCUGGCUUUCCUUCAUGCCAACCAGGUGAUCCACAGAGACAUCAAAAGUGACAACAUCCUUCUGGGCCAGGAUGGCUCCGUCAAGCUGGCCGAUUUUGGCCUCUGUGCUCCGUUCAGCCCUGAGCAGAGUAAACGGAGGUCGAUGGUCGGGACCACUUGCUGGAUGGCACCUGAGGUGGUGAGAAGAGAGCCAUACGGCCCCAAAGUGGACAUCUGGUCCCUUGGCAUUGUGGGAAUAGAAAUGGCCAAAGGAGAGGCUCCUUAUAUUCGGGAAACCAGUGAGAGGGUAAGGUGCAAAUACGCUCAGAGAGCGGUGUCCUUCUCCUGUGUGUCCAUUAGACAAAAUCCCAUGCCCACAGCUUAAAGUGCUUCCACCAAGGCCCACUUGUAAAACCGUCCUUGGGGCUGGCAUCAGCUGUCAAGGCAAGACCUGUUGCAGCUUGGAAGAGCUGGGGCUGCACUGGAGCCUUUUUUCCUUUGGGAGGGAAGGCUCAUC